AUGUCAGCUGACGAGGACUUGGCGUACUUGUUAGCUGGACGGUUGGAUGCUGCUCGAAAAUUAGAGCUACAGCUUUGUGAUCCUCACUACUCAUCAGUUCAGGGCGUUAGCAAGUUACGAAAUCGACUUGCCAGUGAACUGAAAUUCCUGGAAGGGAUCGCAUCCGGUAAAACACGCUUAGAGAAGAAAUAUAUAGAGACAAGCAAUGUUACUCAUUUCGAGAAUAUUAUCUCCGUAUCCUUUCAGAUGGCUGGACUUUUUCAACGAAAUUUUUCUCCUCCGGAAGUGGUUUUCGAAUUUGUCGGAGGUGUGCCAGAUGCCAUAGCAGCCAAGUUGCGAUCACGUGGAGUGAUUGUUAUUGGCGAAGAGGUGCAGCUCUAA